CAUAUAUAUGGAGGCUAUAUUGCCACCGACCUCUACCACUGCCAUGCAGGCUGUUCCGAGCCACGCACCGUCCUGAGCGACCAUACCCUGCGACUCGCGACGAUGGAGGAAGCAUUCCAGCCCCGUGCGCCUAAGAGGCAAAGGAGACAGUACCAGAGCUGCGACAAUUGUCGCAAAGGCCGGCGAGCCUGCAACGCGGUGUCCCUAGGUAUCAACCCCCUGCAGCAGAACACCCCGGCUACGGGCGCUGCAUCGAUAGCCUGCUCGACUUGUCAACGCUCCAAGAAGGAGUGCACGUUCCGGUGGUUGCAGGAAAUUCCGCGCGGGACGCUGCCAGAAUGUCUCAAGCAGAAAUUCAGCACGCGCUACGAUCCUGUUAUGCACGGCGGAGGCGGAGAAGUCCCUCAGGGCUCUCAACCACCACCACAAUCCCGCCCGGCCAAUGUCAGCAGUUCCAAUGAGACAGCGAACCGGAGAACAAACGCCAUAAGUCAACCAGUUGAGAGGCAGAACAACGGCCCACGGCAAGUCCGGAUAGCACCGCAUCGCGACCAGCUGGGAAUGAAUAACGUUGAGCAGCAAUCAACUGGCCUAUCCAGAAAUGAUGUCGGUAGCGCGGCUGAUGUCGCAGCGGACUGCACCAACUGGCUGGAAAAUAUCGGAUGGUCAACUUCCCUCCUUGACGACGACCGAGGGCAAGCGUUCUGGCAGUCCGGGACUGCGCAGGUCGGCGAGCGGGGGCUACCGUUCGAUGACAGUGGUCAAUCUACAACAUUUGCAAGCUGGGACUCGCCCUUGUAUGGAUCACUGCUCGACUAUGCGCGGUCAAAUGCUGAAGGCCUCGACGGUGGCGUGGACGAUUCACACCGCCUUCUAUCCUAUCCCUUUGAGCAGACGGACACGGUCAAUCAGACACAGGACACGGACGACUUGGCCUUGCUCACCGAUUCGAUGCUGGGGAGUAUUCCACCGUGCACACCGCCGGUUCCGGACGAUGUGUCGUUCAACAUGCGAGAAUUCGACCUCACGCAGUCCUUCAGCAAGUGCCUGAUCUCCGACCGGCUACUCGCCGUGUACCACGACAGUUUCGAGACUUCGCUCUCUUGCUGGGUCACCGAGUCGAACUGCCCGUUCAAGCUGCCGCGGCUGCUUCUGGGGAGCGCCAGCCAGAGAACCAGGCUGCUUUCAUAUCUGGCGAGCACCGGCUUCUAUCAACGGAUCCGGAGGCUAGACGGCGCCUUUUCCCCGCUUCGCAAGCAGCCGCUGAGCCGCGGGGACUGCGCCAGGGCGUCUAGAGCUCUUAUGCUCGCAAUAUUGGCGUUCGCCAGCCAGUGGACCCAUUCGCAUGACCGGCGACGCCGGCGAGUGCACUCCGUCUACCCGGAAACAGACGCCACGGAGUCUCGCCAUGCAGCUGGAAAGAAUGUGCCGGACACCGCCGGAGCGAGUCCUCACGACUUCGAGCGCCUCAUCCAGCAGAGCCUCUGGAACGAGGCGGCAGACGCCGUCCACGCGUGUUUCAAUGUCGACUCCUUCGAACUCAUCUUUGCCCAGAUAAUAUUCUCAAUCAUGGAGAGAGCCUCCGGCCACGGCAGGUCCGAGGCCCAUGAGCAUGCGAGGGUGGUCUCCUAUCACGGCGAUCGAUCCUCAUUCGCGAACGUGUCGGCCAGCGACCCCAGGGACCGCGUCAUUGCUUCCUCGCAUCGAAGAAGAGUGGUCGCGGUUGGCAAUGAAAGAUAUCUCGAGAUCGCACUGCGUCACCUGCUCGCCUGGAAGAAGAGAAUCGCCUCCGCCCGGCGGCAACAAGCGGCGCUCGCUCUGCUGCCCUUGGGACACACUGCGAGCCCGCACCAGCCCAUCCUGGCGGAAGAUUACCAGGCGUUUGACAUGUUCUUUUGGUUCGGCGUCAUGUGUGACACCACCGCGGCCGUCCUGAACGAGCGGGUUCCCGUGAUUCCCGACACCGACGCGGUCUUCAACCUUGACGACGGGCCAACAGCGUCCCCGCCGACCGGAGGAGACGCUCCGUUCGGAAGACACGAUCACCGCCCGAGAAGCACUGCGGCGAGAGCUACCGUCUGGGGAUCCUGCGUGGCGAACGCUCAGCCCCUUUUUGGGGCGCCCACAGUGCGGUGGCCGUGGGCGCAGGGAGACGCCGAAAGCGUGCUCCAGGAAGCCAUCCCGGUCAAGGUCCUGCUGUGGCGGCGGAUCACGGUCAUCAAGACGCUCCUGGCCCGCGAUGAGACGCCCCCGGGGGCGAUCGAGCGGUGUGUCGCGGAGACGCUGCGGGUGUACGAGCACUGGCAGCACCACUACGGCGACUUCAUGCGGGACUGCGUCUCCCACCACGCCCAGCUGCCGUUCAAGAUCCAGUCGUGGUACGUCAUCCUCUCCAGCCACUGGCACCUGGCCGGCCUGCUCGUGGCGCAUUACAUCGACCUGGCGGACGGGAGUGUGAGGUCGGAGGCCGUGCCGCGGUCCCUGCGCCAGUCGUCGGCGCUGGUGUGGGAACUGCAGAAAGCCAACGCCUAUGCCAUCGCCGACCUGGCGCGCGUGGCGAAACCGCCCGAGGCCGCCGGUCUGUCGCACCACGAUCGAUCCUUCCACUACGCCACCGCCUACGGCGCCCUCGUCACGGAGCCUUGGCCGGAAGUCCUCACCCAGGCCCUCACAAGGGCGUGCGAAGUGCUGCUGGGCUGGCUGUCGUCCACGAAGGACCCAACGCCGCGCACUUCGCAGCAGACGUGGGUUUCCGCCAACACGAGCGCGUCCGAGUUGACUCGGCACGCCGCGAGUUGCAUCGACGCGCUCCAUCUGCUGGGGAGCAGCUCGGACCUGGCACAGCUGAUGGCGUCGUCGCUCGAGGACCAGCUGCAGGCGUUGACCGAGCCCCCGCCCCCGGCCCCGGCCUUUGACGUCCACUGGCAGGAUUUCGGCUACGACAACUUGGUCUAUUGAUUCACGCGCCGUAGAUCUAAUGGGUAUCAUGUCUUGUGAUGAUGUGUCUAUACUCAAGGGCGUCCACUAUAUUUCAGUUUAUGGCUGAGAGUUUUGAGGUAAACUGGUAAACUGUAUGUAUGAACAUGAUGCGUCCUCUUGUCGAGCAUGCCUAUUACAUUGCAGGUCUGGGCAGGCCCAAUCUUCAUCCAUUCGCCUCCG